GAAAACAGUUGAUAAUGUCUGAUUUGGAAAGGCAUCUCAUCGAUUUGUACAAUCAGCUCGACUCGAAUAAAAUAAAAGACAGAAAGAAGUCUUUCGAAGAACUCAAACAGAUCCUGCAGGAGUCAAAUUACACAUCUCUAAUUGACAAGAACUCUACGGUUAAAAAUAAAGGCGGAGUCAACUGGAAUCAACUUUUUAUUUCUGCUCACAACGGAGCAAUAAAGGAAGCUGAAUUAUGUCUGACUGAAAAGAGUGAAAGGAAAAUUUUUGGGGUGAAAAAUUUUAUCUCUAUCAUCCUAGAAUUAGUGGCAAAAGCAAAUUCAGAAGUACCUAGAUUACUGUGCAGUAAUAUUGUAUCAUGUAUACUAGAAGCUUCAGAAACUCCUCACAACAGGAGGCUUUUUUCAGAAGGAUAUUCACGGAUGCUUCAUGACCAUGUCCUCUCAUGUAAAAAGUACUGGAGCGAGUUAACACUACUGCAAUGGAUAGACCUGCAGAAACUGUGUCAACUGCUCUUGGAGGAGGCAAAUUCGGACAAAAUGAAAUGCACCCUGGUAUCUUGUUUAAAUUUUGUAUGCCUUCACGGUUCUCACAUUACAAAGUUUCUACCACACAUUCACAAUUUGUUAAAGGAAUUACCUAAUUUUCUAAGUCAAAUGAGUACCAGUCAGAUGCCUGGCUUGCAACUGAGUGUUAUCCAAUUAUCACUUACUAUUUGUAAAAGGAUCAAAGAAGAAUACAGAUACUCGGUUUGUAAAUUUGGAGAGAUUGCGUGUCCUUAUUUAAUCACACUUUAUGAAUCAAGAGAUGUCAUCAAUAAAAAAGAACUAAUUGCACAAUUGUUAAUUGAAAUAGUAGAAGUACAUCAUCCCUGUGGUGUAGCUAGCAAUUCUCCAGGCGCUCUUGCAUUUUCCUGGGAUGAUUGGACUAGCCAGCUAAAGACACUUUACAAAACAUUAGAAGAUGAAAUAUUUAGUAUAUUGAACUCAAAGAAUGUUCUUUCUCCUUACAUAGUCCAUCUAGCUGUUAUUUGCGCCAAACAGGUAUUUUCAGAAAACUAUGCCAAGCAGUUUGGUUCUCAGGAAUCGAUUGAUUUCAGUUUUGACACACCGUCGACGUCAAAACGACGAAGGCUCAAUUCUGGGAUUGACUUCUUGAUCAGUACAGUCCAGACGAAACCGAUUGCUGACGUCGCUCCUUUGCUGAUAUUUUUAGAAGCGUUAAUGGAAAGAUAUCCCGAGAUGUUUACCGAGGAAGAUUUUCUCAAAUUAUUGCAGUACACUUCUGAAAAAUUACCUAUCUGCACAUUGACAGUUGUAACUAACCAGCUUUGCAGAAUUGCUGUUCAGCUUGUAAACCUUGAAGAAGUUUUAAUAGACAAAACAGAAGGCUAUGAAAAAGAAAUUCAGAAUUUGUGGCUGAAUAUUUGGAACACAGCCAUAAACUUUUUACAUUUCUCAAAAGAGAUAGGAUUGAAACAGCCAAGCGAAGAAACGCACCCUUUAGUCCGAGCCUUGAUCAGAAAAGGUUUUCAGACUUUUAUGGCCGAUUCGUUGCUGAAACUUUAUUUAACAGGUGUGCUCCCGUUUGCCGAAGAAUCACUCAAGACUUUUAUAUGCCUGUGCCAAAACGGUGUCAUAUCAGAAACACCAGAGGUGAGGAAGAAGCUCUUGGAAUGGCUUAUUAUAAACAGAGUACUCGACGAUUGCUCUUCAGCUGUGUUGUGUGGACAAGCUAUGUUCGCUCUUUUGCUCAAAUCAAAGUUUCCAAGCGAUGAAAAAAUUGUUCCAAGUCCAAAAUGGAGGGAAUCUGAGUUGUACUUUUUGUCUACCUCUCUUGAACAACUUCCAAAAACAAUAGUACAAAGCAAAGAAAACAACUGUAAUGCUUUGAUAGAAUAUCCUCAAUUUUUGAAGGAAACCAUACAAAAAUUAAAAGAAAAAGAAGAAGAAUUUAUUGGAAUGAAUGAUCCUCUUGUCGCCCUUCCUCAUGCGACUGCUCUCGUUGUCCUUACUUCUUUAGCUCUUCAACAUAAAAUAUCUGGCUCGGAAGAGAUUAAGAAAUUGCUUGACAAUUGCUUAGAACUUCUUUGGCCAUUUUUAACAAAUCAACUGAAAGAGAGCAGGGAAGAAGUGAUGAAUGAGUUGCUCAUUGCUGCUAACAUAUUUUUCCAGGAAAUUGUCAAACAACCGAGUUAUGUGAAUAAUAGAAAUGUGGAAAAAAUGGCGCAGCACGUUUUUGUUUUUUUCAUUCAGGAUUACAAAAGUUCAACAACGAAUUCGAUGCUGACCCCCUCUCAAAAAUUUGCGUUUGAUGGAUUUGAAGAAGUGAAGAAGGUUAAUUACGAAGAUGUUCCAUUAAUACAGCUCAACUCUCUCAAAUUAAUUUUAAAUUUGGCCAUGAUUAACAGCACCUGCAACGGCAAUUAUUGUAUUGAGGAUUAUCUUUUUACAGUUUGCAAUGACACAAUUCAACCUACUACAUUGAAGGGUUUUAAAAUUAUUUUGAUGGUUUUGAACACGAUUCUUGCCAGAAAAAAGCUGCCUAAUAAUAUUUUGACAAAGGUUUUAUUAUUGGUCAGGGAUCUUUACAGUUCCAGGUUUAAACACCACGAAGAAUUAAUUGUAAUUCUUAAAAUGACUAUGAAUGUUAUUCCUCAUGUGUAUGAUAGUAAUGAUAUAGACCACCAUGAGGAUCUUUGUUCGCUCAUUUCGACCUGUUCUAAAGUUAUCAUAGAGAAAAAAGAUUAUGGCCCUGAAAUAAUGAAACAUUUUGUCGACGUUUUGAUUUCAAUGGUCAAAACCGACAGGAACAACAAGUGGAAAAUAGAGCAUGCAGGAAACGGCAUCAACUUGCCCACUGCUUUGCAAAUUUUAGAAUUUUUCAAAAGUCCGUCCAAUCAGGUCAGGUUCAAGGCAAUCGAACACAUUCCUAUUAUUUUCAAGAACGAGGUAGUAUCACAGGACCUGAUGGAAAUUCAAAUGGAAGCAUUUACCAGACUUAUGGAAGCUGUUUCCGACCUUUUCACCGUCAAGGGUGGCUUACCUGAAGAAGACAUCGAAGAAGAAGCGCUGAAAAGAAGUUGUUGCGCCUUAAAAAUAAUCGCCACCAUCAUAACCAAUUCCUAUGUUUGGAGAAGAAAAGCUUUGUUUAAAUUGUCUACUUUAGUUUCAUCAAAAAAUAUACAAAGAACUUUAAUUCAGCGGAUUCUCAACCAAAUCCAAGUUGAUAUGAAUCUAUCAAAUGUUACAAUGCUGUUGGAACAAAAUUUGGAUCACAUUGUUCUUUCUUGGUACGAGCUGUUUAAAAAUUUUAAGGAUUUCCCUUUCAGUUUGAUGGGUUGUAUAAGCAGGACUGAUUUUUUCACUGAUUAUAAACAAUUUCUUGUGCCGAUUGUAAUAUCAAAAAAAGACAAGGCAGAGUUGGAUUUUUUAGCCCUUUCUAUAAAUAUGGAUAGAUCAACAUUAGUCCAGGAAUGUUUUCCUGAAGUUGUGUCGUGCCUUUUGCCGAAAUUUUCUCCAGCAACUGAAACGAUGCAGCAAACAUUGUCUAUACAUGCAUUCAUCGAACAAAUCAUAGGAUCCCAUAAGUUUCAAGAACUUUUAACGGAAAAGUUCGAAAAAGUUCUUGUUUGCAUUUUUAGCAAGCUGCACGACUUGCAUUAUUUCAACCAACUCUGCGGCGACGAUCAUUCAGUUGCUUUUCCGGAGAAAACAUCUUUGAACAUAGACUACGAAGGAAUUUGUGCCGCACUUUCAUACCUUCAGAAAACAAGCCCAGAUCCAAAUAGGGAGCUGUUGGUACUCCUGGCUCUUGAACAUCCAUUACAUAUACAUAAUACAAUGCACACUCUGUUCACGUACAUAACUGUGGCUACUUGUGAUGAAAUCAGGGCUUUGGCUCUCUCGCAGUAUAUUGCUUUCUGCUAUGAACUUUUAAAAAAUAUAACACAAAUCAAACGGACAGGUGGCUAUGUCAUUCGCCAGGUCAUACAUGUACUUCUUAUGAUGAGCAAAAGCGAAUUAGCGAUACCCGUGCUCCAUUAUAUGUACAGGAUCAUCACAGUGUCACUACCGCAUUGUGCGAUUGUGUUUAAUGACCUUUUGACUCACAUUGUGCCCACAUUAGUGGCAUUUGUCAAACAAAAUCCUACUAAAGAUGAAAUAGCUAUGCAAAUCCUUGAGCAUUUGCUCAUCAAAUGCAGGUCAAUGUUCACCUCGGUGGAAAACCUUGAUCCUCUGCCCAAUAGUGAUGUAUUUUUAACGUUGAAGAAAAGUCAAAACACCAAAGAUAGCCUGAAAGACGUCAUUAAAAAUUUCCUCGCUGCCGGUAGCCAGAAUUUGGAUCCUUCUUAUAGGACAGAAGGAUUAGAACAUCUUUGUCAACAGCUCAUUGUUAAAAAGGAUGAGCUGGCCAAAUUUUACGAGGAAUUAAGAAUGUCAAGAGGCUUAUCUGAAGACUGCGCCCAAAGUCUUCUACACCGUCUUAUAAUCUCUUUGAUACAGUUGACAACUUCAAAUAAUUCUGAAAUUACAAAAUGCGCAGCCCAGUGCUUGGGGGAGAUAGGUCCUUGCAAUUUAACAACGCUUGUUUUAAAGCCUGAAUCUCAAUCCCAGCCACCUUCUUUCUGCAGCAAAGUUAUAUCUCUCCUUAUACCACUCUUGGUUAACAAUGACCCUGAACUUGUUUCAUCAACUGCAUCGGCUCUCAUAGCUUUGAUGAAAACAAAAGAAGGUCACCAGGUCAAAGACUCGCUACAGAGAACUGAAAAAUGUUAUAUAUCACCGUUUGUUUCCAAAAGCAGCAAGCAGAAGAGCUCGUAUUGCGUUGAAAUGCAUGAACAAAAGCUGAAAGAAAGCUUGCAUCUCUGGUGCCCUGAUUAUAUCUAUUUGUUGCACGCUGAGUGGGUGAGGGGGCUGACAUCUUCAAUUCUCAACGCUUUUACAAAAGAGGAGUCUUUUCUGAGGCUUCUCAUACCUAUAGUUGACACACAGGUCCAUAUUGCAGAAGAGUUGCUCCCUUAUUUGGUAUAUAUGAUUUUAAAACAUCAAGAAAAUUUCAUUAGCCAAAUCGAACAUAAAAUAAACGACUUUUUUAAAAAACAUUUCAACAUGGCACAUGGAAUAGGAACGCAAGUGGAGGAUACCAAAUCCGUUAAUAUUUAUAUGAACAGGGCAUCAAUACAGUGCAUGCUACGUGUUAUUAAUUUUUACCGACAACAAGAAGCCAUGAGUGAAAUCAAGCUUAGUAAAAAGCUGGGCUUGGAUUACCUUUAUAUUGCUCAAGCCGCUCAAUUUUGUAAAGCGUAUUUCACCUCAAUUCUGUAUGCUGAACUUUGGGCUGAACAAAUAUUGAGUGAUUUCCAAAUCCCGGAGGACUUGUCUAAUCUCUCUCCACUUGAGAAGAUAAGCCAGUACAAGCCUGAGGAAGCUAUCAUCCUUCAAAAACUCCUGUGGGAGGGAUACAAAGAAAUAGGUGAAUUUGAUGCGGUUUACGGAUGCGGAGACAUCCACUUAGUCGAAACGUCCGGGAGGAUCAAGUUCUACUCUCAAAUGGGCCUCUGGUCUAAGGUUAUUGAGCAAUGUGAGCUGAGCCAAGAUCCCGCAUUCACCCAAGAUUUAGUGGACGCUUUAAGGAUGAGUGGGAAAUUUACGAUUGCCAAGCAAGUUGCAAAUGACAAAUCAGAUUACGAAUGUGCUUGGAGGCUGGGAGACUGGUCAUUAAAUCUGCCUAAAGAAGAAAAUUAUAGUGGUUUGUUAUAUGGUGCAUUGAAAGCAAUACAUAAUCAAGAUAAAAUCACCGCUUGUCAACUUGUGGAUAGCGCUAGGGUGUUGGUUGUGAACAGUGUCGAGCAUGCAAGCCUUGAAGUUGCAAACAACAUCUAUCAGCCGUUAUCCAGACUGCGAGCACUUCGAGAAUUGGAAGUCAGCUGUGAAAACAAUGGAGAACUACAGUGGAAAAAUGAGGAGAAUGGUCGAUGGGUCGAUUUUGAGCCGAUUUAUUAUCAGAGAGGGAUGUUGAUGGAUAGAAAAGUUCUUCCUGAAGUCUGGCUUAACUUAGCCAAAAAGGCGACCAAAUUUGAAUCAUACUUGAUAGCUCAAAGGUGGCUUGAAAGUAUCGAGAAGUUGAACCCUAGGAAAGAUGUUUUAGAUAAGGUGUACCUUCAAAAAGCACAGCUUGCCUGGAAAACCGGCGACUCUUUAAGGGCAAAAUAUUUAAUUAAAAAGGUGAUGGAUGAACAAAAUUAUACUGAAUCGUCUUUAUUGUCUCAAGCGCUUCUCACUUACGGUACCUGGAUGGCAGAAAGCAAAUCUGAACAGGCUUCUGUUAUAAUACAGAAAUAUUUUGAAAAAGCAAGGUCAGUUAGUGAAAGAAACAGAAAAGAAAGAUUGGCGGCUGCUGAUUGCCUCGCGAAAUAUGCUGAUUCUGAGUACCAGAGGUUGAUACAGUAUUUUAAUUCAAAGGAAUUUAGCGAGAAGUGUGAAAAUGCAAGAGUAAGUCAAAAAAUGUUAGCUGAGUUACAAAAAGGAAAGGCCGAUUCUGUUGAUUACAUUCGAGUGACCAAGACGUACGAAGUUCAAGUUGAACUCGUAAACGAGGAAAUGAAGACUUUAAAAAAAGAGAUACACACUUACCUCAUAUUGGCCCUAACUGAGUACAUCAAUUGCUUGAUACUCGGUGAAGGCGAUUCAAAUGAUCUCAAGAUGUUCCGCGUUGUUUCGCUCUGGCUUGGCUUGUCAGACACACAACACAAAACCUUAGAAAAUGAAAUAAACAGGUUCAUGCAGAAAAUCAAUUCGCACAAAUUCAUACUAAUUCUAUCGCAGUUGGCAGCAAGGAUCUCUGAUGAGAAAUCUGCCUUUACUUCAGUUCUCAACUCAAUUUUAAUACGUUGCUGUAAAGAGCAUCCAUAUCAUUCAGUGCCGAUCAUCUUAGCCUUAGCAAAUUCAUAUAAAGAUGUAGAUUACCUCCAAAGGGAGAAAAAUAUUUCAUCGAAAGCUUCUUCGAGCACUUCAAAGGAAAAUUCAAAGCCGCGUGUCCGUGGUGCUUUGCAAAUUUAUGAGGAGCUGUUGAAAGAUAAAAAUAUUUGUGAGAUAGUUCUAAAGAUGCAAGAGCUCUCAUUGGCCUAUAUAAGCCUUGCCAAUUGCGACAUCCCAAGGUCUAUGCGUCCAGGAGAUUACAAAAUAGCAACUGGGGAACCUAUAAGAAAAUUAAAAUGUUUAAACAUUCUCCCUUGCUUAUCGAUGAGCAUACCAGUCAACAAAUUAGGCAACUAUAGUAAUAUAGUUUCCAUUCAAGGUUUCGCUGAGGUUUAUACCCUAGUAGGUGGGGUCAAUCAGCCCAAAAAAGUCAGCUGCAUCUGCUCAGACGGUGUUACGAGGUACCAGCUCAUCAAGGGCAAAGAUGAUCUAAGGCAAGAUGCAGUGAUGCAGCAGGUCUUCACAGUCAUGAAUAUACUACUUAGAAGUGAAGAAAGUACAGCGAAUAGAAAACUUCUUAUUAGAACAUACAAGGUUGUUCCUCUUUCUCAGCGAAGUGGAUUAAUUGAGUGGGUGGAUAACACAGAGCCCAUCGGUGUGUACCUCGCUGGAAAUAAUUAUAGACAGGGGGCGCAUAAAAGAUACUAUCCGAAGGAUUUAAGCACUUUGGAAUGCCGCCAAAGAAUGCGAGACGUUGCUAACAAGAAGGCAGACAUUAAACUGAAAGUAUUUAAUGAAAUCUGCUCCAAGUUGAAUCCGGUCUUUAGGUAUUUCUUUACUGAAAAAUAUCCGACACCGACGCAAUGGUUUGAAAGCAGACUUGCUUAUACUCGCAGUGUUGCCACUAACUCAAUGAUUGGAUAUAUUCUUGGCAUCGGAGAUCGGCAUGUUUGUAACAUCCUCAUGGAUCUUAAGACUGCUGAAGUUAUCCAUAUAGAUUUUGGAAUUGCGUUUGAACAAGCUAGAAUCCUUCCAACACCCGAGACUGUGCCUUUUAGAUUGACUAGAGAUAUAGUCGAUGGUAUGGGAGUGACCGGAGUCGAAGGGGUUUUCAGGAGAUGUUGCGAAGAAACCCUAAAAGUACUGAGAAAAUGUCAGGAACCAAUUUUGACUACGCUUGAGGUGCUUCUUUACGAUCCUCUAUACACGUGGACGAUAACACCCAAAAAGGCGCAAACGUUUCAGUCCGAAGAUGGAUCUAAUUCUACCACGAUCGAUUCAGAGGAAAAAUCGUCCGAAGAGUUGAACGCGCUUGCAAUGUGGGCCUUGCAGAGGCUUAAACAGAAACUCGAAGGGCGGGAAGGCGGUGGUGCAACCGGUGUCGAAGGACAAGUCAACUAUCUCAUUAACACGGCCACAGAUCCUGCCAAUCUAAGCGGGCUCUUCCAGGGCUGGCAAGCUUAUCUUUAAAUUCAUUUUUUAACUUUUAUAAUUAAAUAGUAAAUAAUUUAUUUAAUAGUUCAAUUUGUAUAACUGUC